GGGCCGCCACUCUCCCUCUGCCCUUUCUAUUUAUAUCACACACAAAAGAAGAGAAAUUUUUUUUUUUUUAUCGACCCCGAGGGAUCCCAAGACCCCCGAAGCUGUAACAGCCGCCUUUCCUAGUAUCGCUGUCAGCGAGUUCUGCCGCCGGAAACCAACUUCCUUUACUUUUUCUUCGAUUUUCUUAAAGUGUACUCCAAAUGUCGGAUGCUCAAGAAAUACAGGAUCAACCAACUGAGGCAAUUCCGGCCAAUGUGUCUCAAAAGGAAGAGGAAUCCCGUGAUGAAAUGCUUUCUCGGCACAGAAAGGAGAUAAGACAGCUGCAGAACAAAGAAAUUGAAAUGAAAAAGGCAGCUGCAAAAGGUAGCAAGGCGGAACAGAAAGCUAAGAAAAAGUUGGUCGAGGAAGAGGUCUCUCAACUAUCUGCAAAGCUAAAAGAAAAACAUGCUGAAGAACUUGCUUCUUUAGGUUACAACAGUACUAAUGGAAAUGAGAGUAGCAAUCUUGACAACUUGGUGAAGGCUGUAGCGGGGGUUUCUGUUACCAACCAGCCUGAGCAUUCAAAGCCCAGCAAGAGCGCAAAGAGACGGGGGAAAAGAGCUCAGCAAGAAGCAGAAAGAGAACAAAGAAUACAAGAAGAGCAGAGCAACCUUGAAAGUGAUCGAAUGAUUGAAGAUGAAAAAUUGGAAAGAAAGCUUGAACCCCUCGGGUUGACUAUAAAUGAAAUAAAGCCAGAUGGGCACUGCCUCUACCGAGCUGUUGAAGAUCAGCUGGCACUCCUUUCUGGAGGUUCAGCACCAUAUGAUUACCAAGAGCUUCGAAAAUUGGUGGCUGCCUAUAUGAGGGAAAACUCACCAGAUUUCCUCCCUUUUUUCCUGUCAGAUACUAUUACCGAAGAACACUCUGAUCAUUCACUCUCAGAUAGAUUCGAGAAUUACUGUAAAGAAGUUGAGUCUACAACAGCAUGGGGAGGGCAGCUGGAGCUUGGGGCUCUAACUCACUGCCUCCGGAGGCAUAUCAAGAUAUUUUCAGGAUCAUUCCCUGAUGUGGAGAUGGGAAAGGAGUACAAAUCUGACGGUGGUGCUGGUUCAUCAAAUGCAAGCAUUAUGUUGUCGUACCAUAAGCAUGCGUUUGGUCUUGGGGAGCACUAUAAUUCUGUUGUUCCAAAUUUGAUCCAAUAGGCAUGUAAUACUACACCUUUGCAUCUUCACUUCAUGAGGAACAAGAUAUUUGUCCGCUCUAAGUUGAAUCUUUGGGUUGUGUAGAAUUCAUUAUUGUUAGCAUCAUCAUCAUCAUCAAGGUUGACAAUCGUGUGAAUUUUGGAAUGGUGGGAAAUUUCAUCAAUAUAUGUGCACUGUUUAACAUUGUCUCCAA